UUACUUCCCCACGAGUAGAAAGCCUUUCUCCUCGUUUCCUAUAUCCUAUAUAUACGCUCACCCGCCACAGAAAAGGAACUCAUCUGCACCAGAAGCGCAACAAUUAAGCUACACAACAAGGGAUCAACGCAACAGAAACAACUACGAGUCCGCAAAGAAGAUGUCAAUCAUCAGCGAGCGAUGGACGCGGGUGCGCACGCUGGGCCGCGGCGCCUCGGGCGCCGAGGUGUUCCUCGCGGCAGACGACGCGUCGGGGGAGCUGUUCGCGGUCAAGUCGGCGAUCACGUCCGGCGCAGCGGCGCUCAGGAGGGAGCAGGCGAUCAUGUCCGUGCUGCAAUCCCCGCGCGUCGUCUCCUGCGUCGGCGGCAGCGCCGGGCGUGACGGGUCGUACCAGCUGUUUCUCGAGUUCGCCCCCGGCGGCUCGCUCGCCGACGAGAUUGCCAAGGAUGGGGGCCUCGAGGAGCGCGCCGUUCGGGCCUACGCCGCCGACGUGGCGGCCGGUCUCGCGUACCUUCACGGCGCUGGGACGGUGCACGGGGACGUGAAGGCGAGCAACGUGGUGAUCGGCGCCGACGGCCGCGCCAAGCUCGCGGAUUUCGGGUGCGCGAGGAAGGCCGGUGGUGGCCCGAUCAUCGGCGGCACGCCGGCGUUCAUGGCGCCGGAGGUGGCGCGAGGGGAGGAGCAGGGCCCGGCGGCCGACGUGUGGGCGCUGGGAUGCACGGUCGUGGAGAUGGCCACCGGCCGCGCGCCCUGGAGCGGCGCGCACGGCGACGCGCUCGCGGCGCUGCACCGGAUCGGAUACACUGAUGCCGUACCCGAGGUGCCACAGUGGCUAUGUGCCGAAGCGAAGGAUUUCUUGGCCGGGUGCCUGUCCAGGAAAGCCAAUGAUCGGUGCACGGCGGUGCAGCUGCUGGAGCACCCGUUCUUGGCAUCCGCUGCUGUGCUCGACAGGAAGAUUGAAGAUGUCAAGAACAAGUGGGUGUCGCCCAAGAGCACGCUGGACGCGGCAUUGUGGGAGUCAGAGUCAGACAAUGAUGAAGCCGACGACGAGCUGUCGACGCACCGCGCGGCCGAGAGGAUCAAUGCAUUGUCCUGCCUUGCCUCGGCGGUUCCAGACUGGGACUCCGACGAGGGCUGGAUCGACGUGCUCUCUGCGCCAACCGAAGCAUCCGACGCAGUUGCCAUGCCGGCCGUGGAGACCACUGACCUGAAAGGCGCAACCACAAGCGAAGAACAAUCUGCAGAUUGUGGCGUUCUCCACGUUACGAUGGACAGCAGCGUCCUCAAUGUAGUAGUAGAAGCCAACUAUGAUUCAGAGUUGCAACUUAGCCAUCAGUCUUUGGGAGUUUGGGUUUGCUAUGAAACAGUACCACCAUGUAAUUUAUCCUGCAACAACAGGAGCAUGAAUGCAAUUGAUUUUGUUCCUGCGCAAAACACUUUGUUCUUCCUUUUUGGGCGAGUUUCUCUGCUCCCACUUGUUCAGGCGCAGGAGACUCCUAGCAAUUAA